CAUGAUGUGACAUAGGUUGCCAUGCCGGGAUAUGCGUUGUAUGCAUCAAUACCAUGGUGAGGCUACAGCCUUUCACCUCGAAAAGUCAUUAGGCUGUCGCGGAGUGUGUAUCACAAGCACCCGACACUACUUACGUAGAAGACCACAGAGUCCUCCAAGUAAUCCAUCAGUUCAAGUUGGUCUUUAUUUCCUGCAUCCCCCGGCCCAACACUAGCCUUGGGAUCGACAGCACCCAGAAGCCACGCGAUUCCGCCAUCAUCGAAUAUCCUAGCCUUGUCAAUCUGACCCUUCGAAGAACCCUGCAUACCACUGAAUUACCGACUCAUUCUUGGAAUCCCUGCGAAUACCGAAGCGCAUCGACUUUACCCGUAUGACAUGACGCGAGAUGCAGCCCGGCAGGCCGAUGUUGGCCACAGCCAUACCAACCCGGAAGCGGAUCUCGUCGCUGCUCUUUGGGAGGAGGUGCCCUUCCCGCGAUUGCCUUUCGAUGCGCCAGCCGAGCUGAAGGAGCUGGUGGUUGAAGUAGAGAAUCCCAAGAGGGUCUACCAAGUCCACCGUGCAAGCCGGCGCCACAAUUUCCAGCUAUUGGUUGAGAAGUUCAUACUUCAGCUCCGAUAUGGCUGCGACUACGAUAGCUGUCCGACACCCUCGUGCUUCAAAUGUCGAAAGCGACUGGCUGGAAAGGCCCCCAUCCGACGGUACAGUCCAUCGAGUGCGAGAACGUUGGCAAUAUACAUGGCGAGCCAAGACAAUGCAGAAAGUCGGAUGUGCCCAUACUUGCAGACCCCACAAGGGCCGAGCGAUGCCAUCAAACCUCUGAUAUUUGGACCAUCCGGCCGGGUAACUAAAGAACCGAGAGAAGGCCAUGCAUUCAAGCAAGUUAAUGGACAUGCCCGCAGCGGAUCACCGGGGCAGAAAGAUGCGCCGCGGGUCAAGCCUCGCGUUUCGCGUGCUGGUAAUAAGGAUGCCAGCGAAGCCCACAAUAGAAACAACAGUGCUAUUUCUCGAGAUAGCCAGCCCUCCUCACUGUCAAGCUUGGCACCGCAAAUAUCUAUCAGAGAACGGCCUGCGAGCAAGGACUAUCGAUCAUUUGCUGCCAAUGUAUUUGGGACCGUGGCUUUCAAGAUGCUUGAAUGGCUCACCCCGAACAACAUGGAAGCCAUUUCAAAUGACGCUUAUAAAGCUGCACAUCAGCAAGAAAUAGUUGACUCGGAUGCGGAUGAUGCGGAAGAUAGCUUGUUCCUGCCAAGUGCAACAUCCGCUCCCUCUUCGGUUGACAAUGAGCAAGAGAACACCCCCGACAGCUCAAUAAGGCCUGAACGAUCCCCAAGUGAGACACCAAACCAAGGGCCAGAUGUUGACGGUAUUGGGAAGAGUCCCGACCGAGGAUUUGAUAAUUCAACCUCCGACCCGAGCGUUGAAAUUCGGCCAGGACACACGAGGAAACAUUCUAGCAACCGCCUGCGAACAUCUUCCAUAUCAAAGCCACAGAUCAAAGUGCCUAAGGAGCACUUUUCGGAUGCACAUCCAGACGAUGCCCGACUCAUUUCGCCCCGUAUAUCACUACUCGAGCAGGCCACCAAGAGCCUCAUGAGCAGGUCUUCCUCGAACGUGUCUCGCCGAUCAUCGGAUGACAAACUGCCCAAGAUUGUCUCUGGCGAGCAGCCUGUUGAGGCCGACGAAGCCUUGAACGCAGACGACCAGAAACACGAGCUAGAUGGUGUUAACGGCGGAGAUGCAUCCAGUGUCGGCGAGACUUUACCGUCAGUCUACACACCGAACGAGUUGGGUGCAUCCAACUUAGACAACCAAGCUUCAAGUUCAACCCCUGAGCUGGACGACCUGCUGCCACAAUCAUUAUGCCGCCUGAGUUUCCCAGCCAUCAAUCUCCUCUGCGAUAUACUCCAAGAAGACGGCACGGCGGAGAACCACCUGUUCGAGUCACCAACUGUGUCUGGGAUUUUAAAGCGUUCGCCGAUGAAAUCGAAACCUUGGAAACGGCAGAGAAAAGUUGAGCGUCCGUACCCUCGCAACUUAAAGCUCGAAUGGAAACUGUUCGUCGAGCAGAGCAUUUUCAAUGUGCUCAGCGACCCACAGGCUAUUUUGGAUUCCUUUACAAGCCACAGGGGAUUAGUUGAUUCACAGUCCUUGUGGUAUUGUAUGCUACGAAUGACGAGAGUCGCGCCGAGCGUGGUGUUCGACAGCUUGUGGGUCGCUUCAGCAAGUCUCUUCGCCCCUCCCAAGGCAUUGCAGUCAUCAAGGUCGCCUACAGCAAAGGUUUUCCCCACACAAGGGAGGUCCCUCACAAACAAAGAGGCGGGUUUUAUUCUUGCAGUUUGCUUCCAUGCGCUGGUUGCUGCAGCACCCUUCGUGACUGACUCUAGACAACUCUUGGACAUGUCACGUAUAAGGUCUCGAGGGUUGAUACUCGCAGAAUCCGGUGGCGUUGCCAGACAAUCUUCAAGAUUGUGUCUUCUUUAUCAAGAUGCUUUCUCAGAUGACAUGGCGUUGAGACUGGCUAGGAGACUACUUGCUGCGAUCCCCACACGCCGAUAUUUCGACGAGCUAAUAGAGCACGAUCUCGACUCUAAUGAUGAAGAAGGUUCCGCAGAGCCAGAUGUUCUGGAUACUCUUCUCGACCAUCUUGAAUACUCCCCGCCAACUGAGACAACACCUUCUCUCAACUUCUCUCACGCCGAGCGAGAGAUGCAUGAAAAGCGGAUCCCAAUUUUGAUGCUUGACUGGGCGCGAGCUGUAAUGCUGAAUGACUGGGAGGGAAGGCCUGAUGUGUCCGGUGAUGGCUCCUUUGGUGGUGCCCUCUGCCUGAUUGCGGCCAUGCAUCGAAAAAAGAAUUCUCUUUUGCUAGCAGAUGUUGCCUUUCGCGCCGAGUAUUUCGGUGACCGGCUCGACCCCAUUGAGGUACCGGUGUCGUGGUUGGCAUUCAACUCUACUAGGCGGAAAGUGCACCUCUUAGACUACCCCUACAUAUUUCACCCGUCAUCCUUAGUUUCAUACUUUAGAGCGAUCAAUUUCUCUCGGAUGAGCCGAUCGUACGAGGAAUCGAGUUCGCUACAGAGCCGGAUUAGGGCUAUUAUCGAACCCGAGAGUCUUGUCACAGAUCUGCAUCAAAAGAGUGUCCUACAAGAUCUUCUCAAGACUCCAUCAGCUAAAUUCCUAAUCCUCGACAUCGGCCGUAAGACUGUCAUCAGGGAUGCUUUCGAUCAGCUCUGGAGGCGGGAAAAACGUGAGCUCAUGAGGCCGCUCAAAGUCCACCUGGGCGAAGACAGCGGGGAGGAAGGCUUUGAUUCCGGGGGCGUUCAGCAGGAGUUUUUCAGACUGGCCAUCGCAGAAGCGUUGAACCCCGACUACGGCGCCUUUACGAUUGACGAAAGAACGAGGAUGACGUGGUUUCAGCCCGGCUCGCUCCAGCCCGAGUGGAAGUUCGAGCUCAUCGGGUUGCUCAUUUCUUUGGCCGUCUACAAUGGUCUCACUCUCCCCAUCACAUUCCCUAAAGCUCUGUACCAGAAACUGCUCGGCGAGCCCGUCACCGAGCUGCAUCACAUUGCUGACGGAUGGCCGGACUUGGCCAACGGCCUCACAACCCUUCUUGAAUGGGACGAAAAAGACGGUGCCGUAGAAGACGUUUUUGCGCGCACGUACGAAUUCUCCAUCUCCAUGUUUGGCCAACCCGUAUCCCGCCAAAUGGAAGGCUCCAAAGGCACGCCAUGGCCUCAAUUCUCCCGUCAUCCGGCUGCAGACUCUCUGGCAUCCUCCAAUCCAGACGACGCACCCCUCGUCACGGGCGACAACCGCAACGCAUACGUCAGCGACUACAUCCGAUAUUUAACCGACAUCAGCAUCGCCCCUCAAUUCGCCGCUUUCGCCCGCGGCUUCCGCACCUGUCUGCGCCCCAAGUCCCUUCGGCUCCUGACCCCUUCCCUCCUGCAGUCCAUCGUUGAAGGCACGCAGGAGAUCGAUAUCGCGGACCUGCGCCGCGCCACGCGCUACGUCAGCUGGGAUGCCAACCACCGCACCGUCCGCGAUUUCUGGAGCAUCGUCAAGCGCUACGACGACCGCAUGAAGCGCAAGCUGCUAGAGUUCGUCACCGCCAGCGACCGCGUCCCCGUUGGCGGUAUGCGGAAUGUCCAGUUUGUUGUCCAGAAGAACGGCGAGGAGGAAGGCGAGGACGGGCAUUUGCCUACGGCUUAUACGUGUUAUGGGACGCUGCUCCUGCCUGAGUAUAGGGAUAAAGAGGUGUUAAGGGAGAGGCUCGCUAUGGCACUAGAGAAUGCGCAGGGGUUUGGGUUUGCAUAGAGCGUUACAAAAAAGUGGUAGACGGCAUGAGGAAGACAGGCAUCUCAGUACUGCGCCUUGGUGGCUAGGUUGCCUUCCGUCCUUUCGACCUCCCAGCGUUUAUAGAGUAUAUAGCUGCGUUUCUAGCUCGAGCGUGUAGGAUGUAUUGAUUUUGGCCAUUAUAUAGGCA